CACCUGGGUCGCGCGAUUAGGCGCUGAUCGGCUGAUCCGUGGAGCCCCGCAAAAUGGCAGGUGCCAUAGUGCGUUGUUUUCAAAUCCCGAGGAGACAGUUGGGUCUCCUCGGAACGAACUUGAGUGUCCAGCAGCAGAGAACGCUCGCCGAUGCCGCUCCGGAAGGAAAGAAACAAGGGGCGCCUCUGGCCGAUCAGGAUCGCAUCUUCACGAACCUGUACGGCAGACACGACUGGCGGCUGAAGGGCGCCAUGAGCCGCGGCGACUGGUACAAGACCAAGGAGAUAAUAGACAAGGGCGCCGAUUGGAUCAUUAACGAGAUCAAGAUCUCCGGCCUGAGGGGCCGCGGCGGCGCCGGCUUUCCCUCCGGGAUGAAGUGGUCCUUCAUGAACAAGCCGUCCGACGGCCGGCCCAAGUAUCUGGUGAUCAACGGCGACGAGGGCGAGCCGGGGACCUGCAAGGAUCGCGAGAUUCUGCGCCACGAUCCGCACAAGCUCGUGGAGGGCUGCCUGAUCGCCGGCCGCGCCAUGGGCGCCUGCGCCGCUUACAUCUACAUACGCGGUGAAUUUUAUAACGAGGCGUCCAACAUGCAGGUCGCCAUAGCCGAGGCCUACCAGGCCGGUCUGAUCGGCAAGAACGCCUGCAACUCCGGCUACGACUUCGACAUCUACGUGCAACGAGGCGCGGGCGCGUACAUCUGCGGCGAGGAGACCGCUCUCAUCGAGUCCAUCGAGGGGAAGCAGGGCAAGCCGAGGCUAAAGCCGCCGUUCCCGGCCGACGUCGGCGUGUUCGGAUGCCCCACGACCGUCACCAACGUCGAGACCGUAGCAGUGGCGCCUACGAUCUGUCGCCGAGGCGGAGCGUGGUUCGCCUCGUUCGGACGCCCGCGUAACCAAGGAACCAAGCUCUACAACAUUUCUGGGCACGUGAACAAUCCGUGUACCGUCGAGGAGGAGAUGUCCAUCCCUCUGAGGGAGCUGAUCGAGAGGCACGCGGGAGGUGUGAUCGGAGGAUGGGAUAACUUGUUAGGUGUCAUUCCCGGUGGCUCUUCGACUCCCGUCAUUCCUAAGAGUGCGUGCGACACCGUCUUGCUGGACUUUGACGAUCUCAUCAGGGUGCAGAGCUCGUUCGGCACGGCCGCGGUAAUCGUGAUGAACAAACAGACGGACAUAAUCAAAGCGAUCACCCGGUUGAUAAGCUUCUACAAGCACGAGUCUUGCGGCCAGUGCACGCCUUGCCGCGAGGGGAUCAGUUGGAUGUACAAAAUACUGAAAAGGUUCGUGGAUGGUAACGCUGAGAUACACGAGAUAGACAUGCUGUGGGAGCUGACGAAACAAAUAGAAUUGCACACGAUAUGCGCUCUGGCGGACGGUGCCGCGUGGCCCGUGCAAGGUCUCAUCAGGCACUUCAGGCCGGAGAUCGAGGCGCGCAUGAAGGAGCAGAAACGCGCGGCGUCCAAGAGCUGAGAACUCGCGCGAGAUAGAGACAGAAUCGGAGAUUAUAGACAAGAUAUAUAACGGGGGGUACGACACUUAGAGCGAUCCCUGCAAGAUUUUAUAUUUAUUUUCAGUGUAUAUAAACGAGCUUAAACGCAAUAGUCACGAUUCACCUGUAACGAUAUUCUGCGAACCCGGGCUGACAUCCAUAUCCCGGAGGUUCGACCAAUAAAGGAAAUAGAGGAAA